AUGUCUGGAUUUGAAGGUGAGGAGGUGAGGACUCCAAUUUUCUCCGGUGAGAACUACGAGUUCUGGAGGAUUAAGAUGGUAACGAUCUUCAAAUCUCUUAGGCUAUGGAGUCUGGUAGAAAAGGGGAUCCCUACCCCUGAUUCGAAAAAGAAUAAGAAAGUCAAAGAGUUAUCGGAAGAAGAAGCUGAUGCAGAGAUGAUCGUUGUGCUCAUGAAGGACGCGAAGGCUCUGGGCAUUAUACAAAAUGCAGUCUCUGACCAGAUCUUCCCUCAGAUUGCCAAUGCUGAUUCCGCCAAAAUGGCGUGGAAUCUGCUCUACAGUGAGUAUCACGAUGGUGACCAGGUCAGGUCAGUAAAACUCCAGAAUCUCAGACGAGAAUUUGAAUACAUGAGAAUGCGUGAGAAUGAAUCUCUAACUGCAUAUCUCACUCGCUUGAAUGAAUUGAUAAAUCAAAUGAAAACAUUUGGAGAAGUGUUAUCAAAUGAGGGGCUGGUUCAGAAAGUGUUAAUUAGUCUUAGUAAAGUGUAUGAUCCUAUCUGUUUGGUGAUUGAAAAUACAAAGAGCUUGGAGACUACUGAAUUGCAAGAGGUCAUUGCAAUAUUGAAGAGCCAAGAGCAACGUUUUGAGAUGCAUAACGUGGACUCAGCUGAGAAGGCAUUUGCCUCAUUCUUAGUAAAUGCAAAAAGUCAGAACAAGAACAGUACUCAAACUGGUCCUGCUAAGUCUCAGAACCAUUGGCAGUCUAAAAACAAGCCAUGGGAUUCUAGAUCUAAGCCAUAA